CGCUGAUAUGUUGACUUUUCGUUGUCAAAAACAUCAAAGUAAUUAACAACAACUUGAAAUUACAGUGCCUAAUGACAAUGCCUAAAAAAUGUAAAGAUAUCGUAGAAGUUCGCUUGGAGAGACGCAGGGAUUACGUAAUAAAAUGCUUCAAUCAAAUCGUGAAAAAAGCGACCAAGAGAAUAUACGGUAUCCAUAACGAGCUGAGACUAAUUAUCGACGAGUUAGAUUACCGAAUAGAAGUGGAAACGUGCCAGCUCAUCAAUGAGGUGGAAAUUCGCUUGCACGAAAUCAAAGUAGCCACGAGAAACAUGAUGCUCGCCGAAGGGUUGAAUAGAACGAUGGCCGAAAAAGAAGUUACCAGCUUGUACGAUAAGCUCAACGAAUAUAUAACAAACGUGUUCGAAAGAAUAAAGAAAUAUAUCAGCGAUUUGGGCAAGUCGGUCGACGAUGCAAGGAAACAGAUCAACAUCAUUUUGGACGAAACGCCGGACGUCGUGAUGAAAAUUUGGGACCAAAACAAAGACCAAAUGGAACUGAUUUACGCCAAAGAUAUGGACAUCAUCGGCCCGAGGACGCUCAAUUACGAGUAUCUCAUCGAUUUGACGGAGAACGCCAUCGCCGAUAUUCUGGCCCCUUUGCCACCGUUGGCGCCGGUUUUGUUCGAAGAAGAGCAAUGCUUGUACCAGGAACUCAACAAGAAAUUAAAGAAUGCAUUAGCCAAAGUGCAAAAAAUCAAAGAGGACAACUUUGCGGUAGCCGAAAAAAUGAAGAAGGAUAUCGAAAAUCAAAAGAAGUGUAAAUAAGUAAUAAUUAAUGUGGGAAUUACAACGAUAUUAAACAUACAUUAAUCCAUAAUGCGUCUUAUUAGGUUUAAUAAGGCCGGGUAACUGCAGAUGGUUUAUUUAUUGAGAAAAUAGCAACGAAGGAUUUGUUGAAAUUGC